AUGGCACAUAAAAACUUAUUCGUCAUUAACAGUAUUAAAAUUCAUUUUUUAAUUAAAAAAGAUGUACCUAACAGAAGUAAUAUUGAAAGAUUGAUUAAGGAAAAUGGUGGAGAAGUAGUGACAAACGCUGAGAGUGCAUACUGGAUACUAGCAGACACGUCGAAAAAACAAAAAUUUAAUAGUAAGGAAGAGGAGGAUAAAACAAUGUCUUAUAAAAUAGUCCUUGAUUCGGUAGAACGAGAAGUACUCCAGAUUCCAACUAAUUAUAAAAAAGUACCUAUAGAGAAAGUUCGUGUAUACACGGCCGAAACAUGGAAAGAGAAAGCAGCCACCAAAAUAAUACCUAAUCUAAAAAAAUUGACUCAGGAAUCUCUUUCACAUCAACAACAAAAGCAACCGAUUUUAAAAAAAAAUCGUUCUAAACGUCAGCAACAUAAAGAACAAGAAUAUGAAGAACAACAAGAAUAUGAAGAACAACAAGAAUAUCAAGAACAAGAAUAUCAAGAACACGAUGAACAAGAAACACCACAUCUAAGAAGGAGUUUGCGACUACAAAAAAUACAAAAACCAUCGAGUAAACCACAAAGGGAACUAUCAAAAAAGAAAAAUGUGAAUGUGAUUGGUAAAUUACCAUCUUCAGCAGUUUUAUCAUCUUCACCAUUAGAAGCUUUAACAUCAUCACCGUCAUCAUCAGCAUCAGCAUCUUUAGCAUCAUCUUUAACAUCAUCUUUAACAUCGUCACCAUCAGCAUCUUUAACAUCAUCACCAUCAGCUUCGCCAGCUUCCUUGCCCUCCUCAUCUUCAUUCAUGAUCACUCGAACUAAAACAUCAUCGGGCUCAAGUAAAACUAUUAUUAAAAGAAAUCUUAAUGUUAUAAUUGACUUGGAUGAUGUACCAUCACCACCAUUAAUUACACAACAUUCUGAUCAAAGUGAUGAUAAUCAUGAAUUACCUAGUCGAAUAGUAGAAGAAAAUCACUAUGUUGAUGAUGAUAAUUACGAGGAAAAUUAUGAGGAUGAUGGUAACACUUCAAUCGUAGGAAAACAACAACCAAGAUCACCACCAUCUCCUAUUGAGACUCCUUAUUCUAGGAAAAGAAAAUACAACAAAAAAGAUUUUUGUGAUAAUGAUGAAAAUGAUGAAAGGGAGGAAAGUUAUCCUCUAAAACUUCAUUCAUCUACCACUACGCUACCUAAUAAAUCAACACAAUUGAAAUCGACAAAAAUAUCUUCUUCCUCAUUAGAAGAACAAUCGAAAUCAUCGCCUAAUACAACACCAUCAACUGUUAGAGGAUCACCAUGUUCAACCAAGUCAAUUUCACCUCUUUCACUUCGUUCACCAUUGUUACUACAAAUGUCAUCACCAGUAAUCCAAUCAUCACCAGUAACAGUCAACAACCCUCAACUUCCAUCAAAAUCACUUUCACCACCCCAUUCUCGUCCUAGAUCUCGACCUUGUUCUGUAUCACCAAAUGAAAGACCUAUAAUUAUCAUUGAAAAUAACAUUCAUAAUCGCUAUCAGAAUAUUGAUGAACGUGAUAAUAAUGGUGUUGUUGUUAAUGAACAGAGACGUGGUAAUGGUGUUUUUGUUGUUAAUGGAUAUGAUAAUAAUAAUAACGGUUCUGUAGUUUUUAGAAAUGUUGACAAUAAUGAUGGUGAUGAUAUUUUGGUGUUAAAUGAUCAAGUUGAAGAAGAUCGAUUAUUGACACAAUAUGAUUCAGAUCGCAAUCUUAAAAAUGCUCGUGAUUUUGAAGAAGAUGAUAAUGAUGACUUCAUUGUUGAUUUUGAUGAUAAAAGAGCCAAAGAACUUUUGAGGUUAUUUGCGUGA